AUGAAAGGACUUGUCCAGUUCAUCGCAGACUUGCGCAAUGCGCGGGCGCGUGAGCUGGAGGAGAAGCGUGUGAACAAGGAACUUGCUAACAUCCGACAGAAGUUCAAGGGUGGCAAUCUGAAUGGCUACCAAAAGAAAAAAUACGUCUGCAAGCUCCUUUACGUGUACAUUCAAGGCUACGAUGUCGAUUUCGGCCAUCUUGAAGCCGUCAACCUCAUUUCGUCUACCAAGUAUUCGGAGAAACAAAUCGGUUACCUCGCCGUCACUCUGUUCCUCCACGAAGAACACGAAUUGCUGCAUUUGGUUGUCAACAGUAUCCGGAAGGAUUUAUUGGAUAAUAGCGAGUUGAAUAUCUGUUUGGCACUGCAUGCAGUGGCCAAUGUCGGUGGGCGGGAGCUUGGAGAGGCCCUUGGCAGCGAAGUCCAUCGACUCCUGAUCUCUCCAACCUCGAAAGCCUUCGUGAAGAAGAAGGCCGCUCUCACCCUUCUGCGUCUCUACCGGAAAUACCCCGGCAUUGUGCGGAACGAGUGGGCCGAACGAAUCAUAUCUAUUAUGGAUGACCCUGACAUGGGCGUGACAUUGUCAGUGACUUCGCUGGUUAUGGCGCUGGCUCAGGACCUCCCAGACGAGUACAAGGGCUGUUAUGUUAAGGCUGCUCAGCGAUUGAAGCGGAUAGUGGUGGACAGCGACAUUGCGCCGGACUACCUUUACUACCGUGUGCCGUGCCCAUGGAUCCAAGUUAAGCUGCUUCGACUUCUGCAGUACUACCCUCCAUCAGAGGAUAGCCAUGUCCGUGAGAUCAUCCGUGAGUCCCUCCGACAGAUCAUGCAGUCUGCCAUGGAGACGCCUAAAAAUGUUCAACAAAACAACGCGCAAAACGCGAUUCUCUUUGAAGCUAUCAACCUCCUCAUUCACCUCGACUCCGAGCACACUCUUAUGAUGCAGAUUUCCACUCGCCUAGGCAAGUAUAUCCAGUCUCGCGAGACCAACGUCCGGUACCUUGGUCUGGAUGCUAUGACCCACUUCGCAGCUCGAGCAGAAACACUCGACCCUAUCAAACAACAUCAGAACAUUAUUCUUGGAUCGCUCCGAGACCGAGAUAUCAGUGUUCGACGGAAGGGAUUGGACUUGCUGUACAGCAUGUGCGAUACCUCGAACGCCGGCCCCAUCGUGAAUGAGCUGCUGCGCUAUCUGCAGACAGCAGACUAUGCGAUUCGAGAGGAGAUGGUUCUCAAGGUCGCCAUUUUGACGGAGAAGUAUGCCACAGAUGCCCAGUGGUAUAUUGACAUGACGUUAAAAUUGCUGUCUCUUGCUGGUGACCAUGUUAAUGACGAGGUGUGGCAGCGGGUUAUUCAAAUUGUGACCAAUAAUGAAGAGUUACAAGCAUAUGCGGCUCACACUCUGCUGACCUACCUGAAGACCGAUUGCCACGAGAGUUUGGUGAAGAUUGGCUGUUACGUGCUUGGAGAGUUCGGCCAUCUGAUUGCCGAUAACCCUGGAUCGAGCCCCAUUGAACAGUUUAUGGCAUUGCAGGCGAAGAUGUUCACCGGUUCGGACAAUACUCGAGCCAUGAUUUUGUCUUCCUUCGUCAAAUUUGUCAACCUGUUCCCGGAAAUCAAGCCCCAGCUUUUACAAAUAUUUCGUCUGUACAGCCACUCGCCUGAUUCUGAACUGCAGCAGCGCGCAUUCGAGUACUUGUCCUUGGCCACUCUACCCACAGAUGAUCUGCUGCGGACCGUAUGUGAUGAAAUGCCACCAUUCUCGGAACGGGCCUCGAUCUUAUUGUCGCGACUUCAUCAGAAGACAGCUGGUACCAGUGAACGCAAGACGUGGGUUGUUGGCGGCAAAGCCGCCAAUGCAGACAAGCAAGAAGUCCUUAUGGCGCAGUCCACAGGUCUCAAGCGCUCAUUUACCACUAUCGUCAAUGGCACCCGGACCGGUUCCAACGGAAUCACUCCGUCACCAACCGGCACGAAGAGUGCAUCCGGGGAUUUGGAGGGUCUGGAUUUCUCCAGCGGGCCGGCUCAACCUGCACCCAACAUGGCCAGUGCUGCUCAUCUAACGCCAGAUUGGGACAUCGGCUUCAACAAGCUGUACUUCUUACACGAAGGGGUCCUCUUCGAAGAUGCUCAGGUCCACAUUGGAUUACGAUCAGAAUACCGUGCCAAUAUGGGAGUUGUCAAGCUCUAUAUUUCGAACAAAUCAUCGUACCCGAUUGGUUCACUGACUACCACCAUUGACAAUCCUGCCUCCCCCAACCUGAAAAUUGAUUCGAAGAAUCUUCCUGAGCCCAGGGUCCCCGCCGCAGGUCAAACCCAACAGACUUUCUUCUGUGUCGCCCAUGGCCCCUUCAAUGACUAUCCAACCAUUCGUAUCUCCUAUCUGGCUGGUGCUCUGCAAGCUUAUACCCUCGCGCUUCCUGUCCUUAUGCACCGCUACAUGGAGCCUUCCUCUCUGUCAGCUGAAGACUUCUUUAAGCGCUGGCGCCAGAUUGGUGGUCCUCCUAUGGAGACGCAGAAGACCUUUGGACUUUCCGGAAAGAACAAGAUCAUCCACGAGGCUUUUACUCGACACAUGGUAGAGGGUCUUGGAUGGAAGAUUUUGGACAACGUGGAUCCGAACCCGAAGAACAUUGUUGGUUGCGCCGUGUAUCAUAUGGAGGGCGGGAAGACUGGCUGCCUGUUGCGCUUGGAACCUAACUAUGAGAAGAAGAUGUACCGUAUCACAGUUCGCGCGACGCAGGAUAGUGUUCCACCAGCCAUUGUCAAGCAAAUGGAGCAGAAGUUGGGCCAGGGUGUCAAGGAGACUGGGCCUAUCUCGAACUACGAUUAA